GUGUUAAGUUCAAUUUAAUUCAAGGAAUCAACUCAAUUAAAAUCAAAUCAUGGAUAAACCAAUGUCCGCCAAAGAAAAGCUUCUGGAAUUCGCGAGUGAAAAACUGCUAGAAAAAUUAACUGAGUACAAGGAUUCGAAGAAGAAAUCGGCCAGUCCUCAUGUGGAAGAACAGCGGGAGAAAAUGGAAAUUGCGAAACCAAUGAGUGGUCACACCGAAGCGAACCACGCGAAUCAUCCCCAUGUGCUAGUUAGAUACCAAUCAGUGGUCCAGAUAGAUGAGUUUGAUGGUGACUACAGCAGCUGCAUGGACUCGUGUGAAGAUUUUUGCGACCAAUCAAGGGAGUUUGACGCCCCCACAGAACCAGUACACCCACCAAAAUCGCAUGAACAAACUGGAUCAUCAGGAUCACCAGCUUUAAACAUACCACACAAUCAGGAAGCUCAAAAUGCUGCUAACAACGAUUUGUCGAAUUUCGUUCAGAAAAAAUCCAUUGCCCAAGGAAUGAUGGAUUUGGCUCUGGUUUCCGCCAACACCAACCAACUGCGCUACGUGAUUGAUAUCGGGUCUAAACAUCCGUAUUUUUUCACCAGCUUCUUCCUAAUCAUUCUCAGCCUAGCUUUACAACUGAUCGUAGGCUUAGCUCUGAUUUACAAUAGCAGGUUCAACAUAAGGAAAAGAUGUGAAAUGAAAUCGGCCGAUCGGAUAAACGAUCUGUCCAUCAUCGGGGUGUUCCUAAUCACACUUAUAAACGUUUUCAUUUCAACGUUCAAUGGAUCCAGUACAGCCCCCUUCGCGGGCGAGGUGAUACCAAUGGAACCUGAGACGGAUGUAGGAAGCGAUCUCGGCGAAGCCGAUUCCAACAGCAAUGUCUAUGUAUGAAAAUAAACUUAACGCUUCCCCUCAAAGGUCAUGAUAAUUGUAUGCAAACUAACUCAGUUCAACGAAAGCCAACCAUGCGAGGUUCUACCGGAAAAAUCUUUGGUAACUCCACGAGACCUACGAACCAUAAUUUAUCAAGCGAAUAAUCUUCACCCGUUAUUGUGAUCUACCGGAGCAGGCGAUGCUAGACACAGCUGACGAUUUUUAAUUAUAAGACUAUUUACAUGUAAACAGCCGAAAAAAACGAAUUCG